UGUAUCGUAAGUCCCCAAAACGAGUAACUUAAUUAGAUCGGCCCUUUUACAAAAGAAAAAUAGCCGGAAGAAAAAAUACACACACACAGCGAUCCCAAGAUGGCCGAUUGGCAGUGGUACUCUAGAGAAGCCCAGCAUUUCAAAAGAGAAGUGACGGAUCCCUUCUUCGACGCGCUGAACGAAGGCGCCGAGAAGAAAGUUGUCAACUAUCUUGAGAAACACAGACGGCCGGUCAACAAGCUGUGGGAAUGGGACGGCGAGGAAUGUUGGGAAUACGACAUACAGGGAAUCUGGUCUAUGACGUUCGUGAAGGAGUACACCACGCCUCUGUACAUCACCGCCAGUAAAGGGUACAUAGAGUGCAUGCGCCACCUCCUGGACAGACGGGCGGACGUCAACUACUCUCCCAACGGCUGGUCGCCCCUCCACGCCGCGGUAGAUGGGGGACAUGUGGACGCCGUACAGUUGCUGAUCAAUCAUGGGGCAGACGUGGACUUGGAGACAGAAGACACUGGGAAGACGGCGUUACACAUGUGCUGUGGAAAAGACUAUUUAAAGAUCGCCAAGCUGCUGCUACGGAGAGGGACCAACAUCAACGCCAAAACCUAUGACGUCGAAGAGACACCCCUACACGUUGCCGCCCAGAACGGUCUCUUCGACUUGGUCGAUCUUCUGUUGGAGAAAGGUGCCGAUCCCAACGCGACCAACAACGAAGGCGACACGCCCCUGGCCCUGGCCUGCACCUGCACCGAGGGAGACAGCUACUACCACAGCACCGUGGAGAAACUUAUCCAGUGGGGCGCGGAUGUCAACCUGAAGGACAAGGAAAAGAAGUUGCCUCUUCACAAUGCUGCUCGCAAGGGGGACCACAGGCUGGUGGAACUACUUGUUCUGAAAGGCUCGGAGAUCAACGCGAGGGAUUACUUCCUGAAGACUCCGCUGUUCGAUGCGGUGGCGGCGUCUGAAAUAGCGGGCAUGGGCGCUGAGGGAGUGGUGAAGGGGAAGCCGGAGAAAUGUGUCCAAAUUUUGCUGAACAACGGCGCUUGGCGGAUUUUCCCCGAAAUCUUUCACCGCGUCCUUGUCAUGUGUGCUUCAUACCCGCCCACCGUGGAAGUACUCAUCAACGCGUACCCUCAGGUUAAAGUACCGAGCUUGUGGAUGGAAUCGAUACCUAAAGAGGCUUUAGCCAAAUUUCGGGACUUCUAUGAGGCAUUUGAAAUACUGGGUCGUAGUCCUGGCUCUCUGCAACAUCUCGCGAGAUCUUGUUUGCGAGAUUUUCUAGGACGAAGGUGUCACAGUGUGAUAUCCCAACUUAUGAUCGCCCCACGUCUGAAAAGAUACCUUCUUUUGGAACCUGGGGAGGCAGGACUGCAUUAACCGUUGUCAAAUAAAAAACUAUAUGCAUCGAUGUUAUAGGAUAUUUUCUGUCUUACAAAAUGCUACAAGAGUUGCCUUGAACACUAGUCGUCCAUAAACCAUGCAGGUAGAAAAAAAACAACACUUUUUCUACCUCCAUGAUAAAACUGAGCAGCAGGGUAACAGCUUUAGGCUGGGUCACAUUCAUCGUUUGUCGUCGCACGAUUUUUGAUAGAUAGAAUUUUCAAGCUGGCUGUGACAGAACCAACGGCCGACAAGGAGCUAUUACAGUCUUUUCCGUAACAAGACAGCUAAAUUUUGCAGGACACAUCCACCGCUAUCCCAAAAACGUGACCGGGCCAUUACGGCAGAAUCUGAUGCAUCUCAGCCACGAUUGUCAUACAGCAAAACCCAAAGGCAAUGUGAUGUGCGAUGAUUCGUGUAGAAUUUUUGAAAAGGUUGACAAGUCUUCUCAUGCUUACCUUGUAACUCACCGGGUAGUGCCUAAAUUAUAAAAGGUUAGUGUGAAGACUGGCAGUGUUUAAUGAUGUUCUAUUGUGUGUUGGGUGUACAUAUGAUAAUUGGUUCUGUAGAUGAUUUUUGGCGUGUAAAUAAACGUACAUGGUAAAUUACGAUGCACUUGUAUUUCUUUACAAAAUACUUCCAACGGAUAAACAACCUCAUUCAUCAUGCACCAGUCAAGAGUAAGCAUGACAAA